AUGUUCAAGAACAUUGCUCGAUUGGCCUCCAUGGCCCGAUCGGCCCCUCGAACCACCGCGUCCUUCCAGACCCGAUUCAUGGCCACUACCGCCUCCGGCACUGCCUCUGCCUCUGCCACCCCGGCCACCUUCACUCUGCAGAACGGCCCCGUCUUCACCGGCCGAUCUUUUGGAGCCAACCGAGUCGUGUCCGGCGAGGCCGUCUUCUCCACUGGUAUGGUCGGCUACCCCGAGUCCAUGACCGACCCCUCGUACAGAGGUCAGAUUCUGGUCUUCACCCAGCCUCUGAUCGGUAAUUACGGAGUACCCUCCGGCAAGGAGACCGACCCCUUUGGUCUCAUCAAGUACUUUGAGUCCCCCCACAUCCAGUGCAUUGGCAUCGUCGUCGCUGACGCCGCCCUCAAGUACUCGCACUGGACCGCCGUCGAGUCCCUUGGCGAGUGGUGCAAGCGAGAGGGAGUCGCUGCCAUCUCUGGCGUCGACACCCGAGCCAUCGUCACCUACCUUCGAGAGCAGGGCUCGUCCCUGGGCCGAAUCACCGUUGGCGAGGAGUACGACGCCGAGGAGGACGCCGCCUUCGUCGACCCCGGCGAGAUCAACCUCGUGCGACGAGUGUCCACCAAGCAGCCCUUCCACGUGUCUGCCGCUGCCGACGUUGAGAACCCCCUGCACAUUGCCGUCAUCGACUGUGGUGUCAAGGAGAACAUUCUGCGAUCUCUUGUCUCUCGAGGUGCCUCCAUCACCGUCUUCCCCUACGAAUACCCCAUCAACGACAUUGCCCACCACUUUGAUGGUAUCUUCAUCUCUAACGGCCCCGGUGACCCCACUCACUGCCAGCAGACCGUGCUCAACCUGCGAGACAUUAUGUACGAGAAGCCCGAGCUCUCCGAGCUGCCCAUCUUCGGUAUCUGUCUCGGCCACCAGCUGCUGGCUCUGGCUGCCGGCGCCAAGACCGUCAAGCUCAAGUACGGUAACCGAGCUCACAACAUCCCCGCUCUGGAUCUGACCACCGGCCAGUGCCACAUCACUUCCCAGAACCACGGAUACGCCGUUGACGUCAACACCCUGCCUGCCGAGUUCAAGCCCUACUUUAUCAACCUCAACGACCAGUCCAACGAGGGUAUGAUCCACACCGAGAAGCCCAUCUUCUCCACCCAGUUCCAUCCCGAGGCCAAGGGCGGUCCUCUCGAUACUUCCAUUCUGUUUGACAAGUACCUUGGCCAGGUGCACCAGUACCGAGCUGCCCGAAAGUCCGGUGUUGACACCCGGCCUAACAAGCUGCUGGUCGAUCUGCUUCCCAAGCAGCGAAUUGGCGUUGAGAUUGACGCCUGGGAUUACGUUCAGUAA